UCUUUGAUAUCCUAGCAGUCCUGUCCCGGCUAUUUUUUCAUCGACAUUGAACCAUUCGUCUAACUCUAUAAUGCGAGUGAUCGUACAUCUUUUAUUCCUUUGUGGUUUUCUCGACUAUACAGCAGUUGGAAUACCUGAUGUUCCGCAGAAUGUAUUUAAAAAAGUACAAACGGACAAAGAACAAUUAAACAGCAGAUACAUUCCUCCUCAAGGCCAUCUCAUAUUACAGAUGAUAAGAAAAGCAGGUUUUCCCGCGGAAAUUCACGUAGUACAAACGGAGGAUGGCUAUCUUUUAACACUUUAUCGUAUUCCACGUAAAAAUGAUGCACGUAAAAAUGGUUCACCCGUGCUACUGCAACAUGCUCUUUUAUCUAGCUGCGCCGAUUUUCUCAUCCUCGGCAAGGAUAAAGGACUUGCUUUCAUAUUGGCCAAUUAUGGAUAUGACGUUUGGUUGGGCAAUUUUCGUGGAAAUACUCAUUCGCGAGCACAUAUUUUUUUAUCUCCAUUGAAUUCAAAAUUUUGGAAUUUCAGCUUUCACGAAAUGGGCAUUUACGAUAUACCCGCGAUGAUUUUAUAUAUUACAAAAAUGACUUCGCAACCAUUGCACGCAUAUAUCGGUCAUUCACUAGGCUCGACUGCUUCUUACGUAAUGGCAGCGGAACGUCCAGAAUUCGCUCGAAUGGUGCGAAUAAUAAUCAGCCUUGCACCUGCGGCUAUUGUGAAACGUACAACAACUCCGUUACGGUUUAUCGCCUCUUUGUUAGUAAAUAAUCAGGAGCUCUUGCAGCUGCUUGGUAUAAACGAGAUUCUGCCGCAGAGCUCUAUAUCUUUUGCUAAGCCUAUCUGCGAUAUCGAUCCAGAGUUAUGCGCCAAUGUGAUAUUUCUUUUCUGCGGUUACGAUAGGGAGCAAUUAAAUAUUACUUUACUGCCUAUAUUUUUGAGUCACAGUCCAGCUGGUACUUCGUUGAAAAUGCUAAUACACUUGUACCAGAUAGUUAAUUCCGGAAAGUUUAGCCAAUACGAUUACGGUCGUGCGAAAAAUCUACAGAUCUACAACACAUCCGAACCGCCGAAUUACAAUCUCGCCAACAUCACCACACCGUUCGCGUUGUUCUACGCCGAAAACGACCCGAUAGUCACCAUCCUGGACGCGAAAGAAUUCAUCAGCUUGUUACCCAAUAUAGUGGACGAAUAUGCAGUGCCGUUUCCUAAAUUCAAUCAUCUGGAUUUCGUACUUGCCACAGAUGCACCUCGGCUUGUAUACAAUAGAUUACUUAAGGUUCUAAAAAUAGGAUCAUAG